AUGUUCUCCUACCUCGCCCAUCGACGCGCCUGCUACGCUAAGCAAGAAGAGCGUCGUGCACGCAUCGAGAGCCUCCCCGCGGUCUACCGCACGCCGCUAACUGCGAGCGAUAAGGACGUACUCGCCAAGCCCAUCGCCGCAAUUGUCACCGAUGUCCAGAAAGGCGCACUCAAGCCGCGCGACGUCCUCGCCGCGUACGGCAAGGCCGCCCUGAAGGCGCACGCCGCGACGAACUGCCUGACCGAGGUGUUCAUCCAGGAGGCAGAGUCGUCCGCAGAGUCUUGCAACACGAAGGGGCCCCUCGCGGGCAUGCCCGUGAGCCUGAAGGACGAGAUCUCCGUGGCGGGCGUCGACGCGUGCAUCGGCUACUCCGCGUGGGUGGGCAUCAAGCAGCAGGACUCCGCGCUCGCGAGGCUGCUCCGCGACGCGGGCGCCGUCCCGUACGUGAAGACGAACGUCCCGAUCACGAUGCUCUCGUUCGAGUGCGCGAACGACGUCUUCGGCGCGACGACGAACCCGCACAACAGGAACUACGUCCCCGGUGGCUCGUCCGGCGGCGAGGCCGCGCUGAUCGCCUUCGGUGGCUCGAGGGUCGGCGUCGGCUCGGACGGGGCGGGCUCGGUCCGUUUGCCAUCACACUACUCGGGGGUGUACACCAUCAAGGCGUCCUCCUACCGGUUCCUCAAGUCGGGGAACGCGCACACGAGCGUGCCCGGCGAACAGGGCGUGGGCGUGGCGUUCUCCCCGAUGGCGCGCACCCUCGGCGACCUCGAGACGUUCUGGAGGGCGGUGAUGAGCAUGGAGCCGUGGGAGUACGACAGCUCGGUGCUCGCGCUCCCGUGGCGCGAGGUCGAUCUAUCCAGCCAGAAGAGCAUCCGGUGGGGCGUCAUGUGGGACGACGGUGUCGUCGCCCCGUCGCCUGCGUGCAAUCGGGCUCUGCAGACGGUCGUGAAGACGCUGGAGGCGCACGGGCACCAAGUCGUCACCGUCGAUCCUCCAAGCCCUGCCGAAGGCCUGAAGCUCGCCUCCCAGCUCCUCAUGGCCGACGGCGCCAAGCGCUGCACGAACCCGAUCCGCCCGGGCGAGACGAACGACCCCGCCAUGCGCGCCGCGCUCGGAAUGUUCCGCGCUCCGCGCCUCUUCAAGACGCUCUACGCGUGGUACCUCCGGUACGUCGCCCGCGACCCGCUCUACGCCGACCUCGUCGCAGCGUGGUCGGAGAAGAGCGUGGCCGAGUACUGUGCGCUCGUUUUCCAGCGCGACGCGUACAGGGAGCGCUGGCACGCGUACAUGAAGGAGCAGGGGCUCGACUUCAUCUUGACCGUGCCGAAUUCGUUGCCGGCGGUCCCGCAUGGGGGCAUGAAGGAGGGGUGGAAGGCGUGCGGGUAUACGUUCUUGUUCAACCUGCUGGACUACUCCGCGGGCGUGCUACCCGUCACCCACGUCGACCGACUGCGUGACGCGCUGGGCCCGUUCAAGCCCAGAAACGCCAUCGAGCGGGGCCAGUACAAGAUGUACGACGCGGACAAGAUGCACGGGUUGCCGGUAGGCGUGCAGGUCGUCGGGCGGAGGCUGCAAGAAGAAAAGGUCCUCGAGGGCAUGAAGCUGAUUCAGAGGCUGCUGGAGGAGGACGGAAAGGCGUAUGCGCCUCUCAGUAUGGCUGGCUAGUCACUUCAGAUGUAUGGCGUGAACAAAUGUUAAGAUGUGCUGUGCUUACUGUUC